AUGUUGGCAUUCCAAAACGUUGUGUCCUUUGUGCCUGGAGCUGAAGCUUAGCGCUUCGGGCUCAGAGCUUAGGGGCUCGAGGCUCUGAGCCAGUUGUAUGGGACAGAACGCAAAUUGGCUCCUCUCUGAUUGUGGCGCAGAAGGCUAAGGAGGCAAAGAAGAAGGAGAAGAAGGAGAAGAAGCAGCCACAGCCUCCAGCCAGUGCAGUCAUCUUAUCUCCCUUGGCCAACUAUGUCUUCGUGUCUCUUCUCUUCCUUUUCUCUGUCCACUGCUUCCACAAAUUUUUGUCCCCGCCCCCCCAUACAUAUACACUUAUCCGUUUUUCGUUACAGCAGCAAGAAGCGACAAUCGUUCUCCAGAGCAGGAACGUGGUGUAGUCCCCCUAAGGAGUCAUACGGUAUCUUAUUCUGGUAGACACUUGAGGCACGCACGCACAUAAGUGAUAUCGGAAAGAGAGCAAGACUGGCACACUUCAGACGCUCUCAUUGGGGAACCUGAAUGGCCUCAUUAGGCACAAGGUGAGUUUUUCUUGUUGGUAUUAGAGAUUUUGCAACUGGCGGACGUUCUGCAACCGAGCCCGAUCAGGUCGUUUUCUACGAAAGCCUUUGGAGAACUGGCACGUUUUGAAACUGUGUUCUCGCGUCCUAAACAAAUCUGAUUUCAAAUGAAUUUGGUCAAAGCAAGCGCUUUCUACAAUCGUCUAUCUAUGUAUAGUUUCUAGUUAUCCGCGAGCUUCAGAUCGAGAUCAGGACGUUUCAAAACUGAAUUUAAUCCGACUGUAAACUAAAGUUGGUUCCAUUGGCAGUUUUCAGCUUAAUCUCUGUCAGUUGCAAAAUUCCAAUCUCUUCUGCAGUCGGGCCUAGAAAAAAAAAGAGUUUCGACAAACAAAGACUAAAAAGCCGAAAAAAACAAGAGAAAGGAGCGGAAUUUCAAAAAAAAAUUUCCAUAGUUACGCUGAGCCACACCGCGCUGAUUUAUUAUAACCACGGUGGCCACCCCCUCUCCAUAUAUUGUUCACAUUUCCAUAGUGGUUUUCUUUGCAGGUGGCACUGUGGACGACGAGCCCAAGUAUGUGGCCGCCAGUCGAUGUUCGCAGUUUGACCGCCGAGUCGUUGGGACGUGCGUCGCUGAUCCUUGCCGUCGACUUGUUGCUGUUCGUGACCUCCAUCCUCAACAUCACAGUCAUCGCGUUCACUCCGGACUUGUCUGACGUCAUCGGUUGCUACUUGGUAAGCCCUCCCACACAGAAAGGCGGCUAGCUGCUCGGCUGGCUCAUUUCCAUGUCCCAAGCGAAUUCAGAUUCCGCACUUUUUUCUAGGUUGCCUCUUCGGGUCUCAUGAUAAUUGGCUGUUAAAAAGUGCUGCUAUGCAUUAUACAUAGAUCUUGCUCCUUUCACAUCAAUUCCGAUUCUAUUUCAUCAUGUGUGGCCACACUUAAUUUAUGCGCAAAAGCAAAACGAAAGCGCCCUAACCCCUCUCAUGCCCUCAGUCUUCCUUCUUCCUUCUUCACUAUCCGUUUGUGGGCAAAGUAUUCCUAGACGGGAGAAAAGACGCAUAAUUAAGACCAAAUUUGGGUUGGACAAACGUGUGCUCGGCCCGUUUCAGGCUGGGGAGUGUUUGUUAGAAUUUAGAGUCAUAAGCGGGAAUUUUUGAAUAACCUUAAUGUCACUUCAUCUCGAUUGCGUGACAAAUAACGUCAUUUUCCAUCUUAUUGGCAUGCAUUGUGAUCGGGGCGCACAAAAACGAAAUGAAAAUUUAAAAUUGAAAUUUGGAAUUGGAAUUGGAAUGGAAAGUGAAAUUACAAUUGGUAUCGGAAUUAGAAUUAGAAUUGAGAAAUUAAGAAGAAGGCAAUGAGGAGAAAGGGAGGGGGUCCAAGACAGAGACGAAUACCUAACCGGAUAAAAGUUUGGAGGAAGAGGAAACUGCAAAAGAAAAGAGGGAAAGCGAACCCGACUCGGAUUCAAUUAGAUCUCGACACGGACUUUUCUGACUAGUACUACUGGUGUUGGUGUGGAAAUGGAAUUUAGAAGCGUGGGAGUUGAUGCGCAUUGUUUUGUAGUUUGAGAACUGUCAACUUUUCAUCGGCAAUAGACACAGUGCUAUUCAAAUUUUCGGAGCCAAAACUGGUUUAGGUUGUUUUCUAGCCGAUCUUGACAAAAGGAUAAAUCCAUGAAAUUUUUGCAUUCCAGAUAUCGCUAUCAGUGGCAGAUCUGCUCACAGCCAUCUUCGUGAUUCCGUUGAGCAUAUACUCGACGUUGGAAGGAACAUGGCGCAUCGGUGGCGACAACUCAAUCAUCUGCAAAAGCGCGGCCUACCUCCAAAUCGCUCUUUUCUGCUCCACCGUUUACACUUUUGCAUGGAUAUCUAUUGAUAGGUGAGUGCAGGAGAGCAGACUACUCGACGAUGACGGUGUCGCGGAUUAUGCAUACGUAAAAAGUGCAUCGAUUUCCGCUUCUUGCGGAAGAGGAAACCUUUUGCAAGUGGCGGGCCCUCUUGAAAUUGUGGCGGUUUCUUUUCUUUCCAUCCAGAAAAAAACAAAAAUUGGGAGAAGAGGCAGAGAAGACGAUGACAUCACUCAAUGACGAAAACUUCUUUGCUAAUUGACUGAUUAAGGGUGCGGACAACGAAAACACAACAAUUUUCAGGUACUCUGCAAUGAUGAAGCCAUCACGAUAUAGCGAACAAUCACUAACUAGGUGCAAGUGCUGGAUAGUCUUUAGUUGGAUAACCUCAAUGUUGUUGUGCUGUCCAAUCAUUGUUGCACGGAUGCAGGUACACCCUUAACUUGUAUCAAAUUUUAAAGAACGUUCUUUUUUUCAGGUUGUGUUCUACCCAGAUGCUCAACUCUGCGUCCUGGAUUGGUCAGCAACAUCGGCGUAUAGCGUGACCUUACUUCUACUGGUGUUUGUCCCCACCGUAGUCACCGUAUUCAACACUGGAUGGAAGAUUUGGUCAGCAAUGAGGAAUCCGGCGGCGGUAACUAUUAAAAAAGCGUUUUGAGGCGUGCAUACUGAGAUUUUUAGCUCGACGACAGUCAAAGGAUGAUAGUAGAGACCGAUCCGAACUUUGUUCUAACUGGUUUUCUAUUCGUCACCUUCUUUCUGUCGUGGCUGCCACUAAUUCUUCUGAAGCUGUCCGAGUUGUUAUGGGGGCCUUUUGAUAUGGACAUGUCAAUGGUGAGUUUAGAGUGUAUUGGGCUUAACCUCUAGGCAAUGUCCAUGAUAAUUUCAGCUCACAUUCUUCUUCGUGUGGCUAGCUGUGUCAGGACCAUGCUGCAAAUUCCUCAUCUACAUGUUCACGAACCAUCAAUUCCGCAGCGCCUUCCUUUCGUACAUCUCAUGUUCAAUAUGUUGUUCGAGCAGGAGUCGAUAUGAAUACCACGACAUAGGCAACAAUUCUUUUCUUUGA